AAAAAAAACAGAAAGAUGGAGGAAUCUUCACCAAGUAAUCAGCUAAAACAACUUAAAAAUCUUUGUUUAGAUGAAAGAUCAGGGGAAUAUGUUUCAAAAACUGAAUUAAAAAGACGUUUAAAGCUUCAAGAAAAAAAAGAAAAAAGGGAAGCUAGAACAUUGGCUACGGUUUCAUCAAAACCUUCUCAAAAACAUGUUUCAGAAAUUCAUGAAGAUUUAACUCCUAACAAAUAUUAUGAGCUUCGUUCUCGGCAUAUUAAUAUGCUUCGUACUUGCAAAAACUUAGAUGCAUAUCCACAUAAGUUUCAUGUCAAUAUUCAGAUCGAAGAAUUCAUUAAAACCUACAGUUUUAUGAAGAGGGGUGAAGUUAAUAGAGAUAUUAUUGUUUCUGUUGCUGGAAGAAUACUAAAUAAGCGAGAUUCGGGUUCAAAAUUGCGUUUUUAUGAUCUUUAUAAUGAUGGUGUAAAAAUUCAAGUUAUGGCGCAGGCACAGGACUGUGAAAAAGACUAUUUAGAAAUGCAUGAGCAUAUUCAGAGAGGAGAUAUUGUAGGAAUUAUUGGGUAUCCGGGCCGUACAUCGCCUAAAGGCAAGGGAAAGAAUGAAGGAGAAGGUGGGGAACUGAGUAUAUUUUGCAAAGAAAUGGUUCUUUUGAGCCCUUGUCUUCGUAUGCUUCCAAUGGAGCGCCAAGGUUUAACAAAUCAAGAAACAAGAUAUCGACAAAGGUAUCUUGAUCUUAUUAUUAACAAAACUACGCGAGAGAAAUUUAUUAUGAGAAGUAGAAUUAUUCAAUAUAUUAGAAAUUUCUUGGAUUCACGCGGUUUUUUAGAGGUUGAAACCCCUAUGAUGAAUUUUAUUCCAGGAGGUGCUAGUGCUAAGCCUUUUAUUACACAUCACAAUGAGCUUGACCUUGAUCUUUAUUUAAGAAUUGCACCGGAAUUAUAUUUAAAAAUGUUAGUGGUAGGAGGUUUGAAUCGAGUUUAUGAAAUUGGAAGACAAUUUAGGAAUGAGAGCAUUGAUCUUACGCAUAAUCCUGAAUUUACAAGCUGUGAAUUUUAUUGUGCUUAUGCAGAUAUGUAUGAUCUUAUUAAUAUGACAGAGGAGAUGUUAUCAAAUAUGGUUUUUGAAUUAACUGGUGAUUACAAGAUUAAAUAUCAUCCUAAUGGGCUCGAAGGAGAAGAAAUUAUUGUUGAUUUUUCAAGGCCAUGGAAUCAUAUAGAAAUUAUUCCAUUUUUAGAAGAAAAACUCAAUGUUAUUUUUCCUCCUGGAGAUCAAUUGCAUACAGAAGAAACGACCAAAUUUCUUAUCUGCUUAUGUGAAAAACAUAACGUUGAGUAUUCACCUCCCAUAACAAAUUCUAGAUUAUUAGACAAGCUUAUUAGUGAAUUUUUGGAACCUGUAUGUCUUAAUCCUACAUUUUUGAUAGGUCAUCCUCAAAUUAUGUCUCCUUUGGCAAAAUAUCAUAGAUCUAAAGUAGGGUUAUGUGAAAGAUUUGAACUAUUCGUAGCUUAUAAAGAAAUUGUUAAUGCAUACACGGAGCUAAAUGAUCCAGUUGAACAGCGAAUGAGAUUUCAGGAACAGGCCAAACAAAAGGAUCAAGGAGAUGAUGAAGUUCAAAUUAUUGAUGAAAAUUUUUGUUUAGCUUUGGAUUAUGGAUUACCUCCUACCGGAGGAUGGGGAAUGGGAAUAGAUCGACUAGUAAUGUUUUUGACGGAUUCGUCUAAUAUUAAGGAAAUUUUAUUGUUUCCUACAAUGAAACCUGAUGUUACUUCUAAUUAA